UCGACCAAGUGUACGCUGAGACUACUGUGGAUUUCCGGGUGAGCGCUGGGGAUGUUCCAGUGGUUCAAAAGCUUCUGAAGAAGAGUGGAUUAAAACAUGAAGUUUUAAUUGAUGACGUUCAAGUAAUGAUCGAGCAGCAACUUGAUAACAAGGAGCGUUCAGCUACUAAACACAGUUACAUGAAGUACAAUGACUUGGAUACGAUCAAUGAAUGGAUUGCAGGCACCGUUGCCAGAAAUACGAACCUGAUGGCUCUUGAAGAAAUUGGAACUAGCUAUGAAGGACGACCGAUCUAUGUCAUAAAGAUCAGCAAGAAAACAGGUCAAACUAAACCAGCGAUCUUUAUGGAUUGUGGAAUACAUGCUCGAGAGUGGAUUUCUCCAGCAUUUUGCCAGUGGUUUGUGAAGGAGACAAUCAACACUUAUGGAUCAGAUCCCACCAUCACCCACAUCCUGGACACCAUGGACAUCUUCAUCGUCCCAGUGAUUAAUGUUGACGGUUAUUCCUACACUUGGUCCACUAAUCGCUUAUGGAGAAAAACCCGAUCAAGUAUUGCUGGUAGCAGGUGCCGAGGAGUUGACCCCAACAGAAACUGGAACGCUGGAUGGUGCACUAUUGGUGCCUCAAAGAACCCCUGUUCAGAGACGUACUGUGGCCCUUAUGUAGAAUCUGAGAAGUCGGUCAAGGCUGUUGCAGACUUCAUCCGCCACCACAAGCAGAACAUCAAGGCUUACCUGACCAUCCACUCGUACUCUCAGAUGUGUCUCUUCCCAUACUCUUACACCUAUGACCUAGCUGCAAAUCACUAUGAACUGGUAAGUAUGGCCAAAGAGGCAACCACCCGCCUGAGGAGCCUCUACAAUACAGUGUACACCUAUGGCCCUGGAGCAACCACCAUUUAUCCUGCAGCUGGUGGUUCAGAUGACUGGGCCUAUGAUCUGGGCAUAAAGUACUCCUUCACCUUUGAACUCCGUGACACUGGUGCACAUGGUUUCCUGUUACCUGAAUCUCAAAUCAAACCUACCUGUGAAGAAACAAUGUUAGCCAUUAAGUACAUUGCUAACUAUGUCAGCAACCACUUGUAUUGA